UUCCUUUGGGAGUUCCAGCCCAGGUUUGGAACAGGAGUUCCUUCUUCUGAGAUUCCGGCAGUGCGAAGCUUUUGGGCCUCGCCCCCAGCUUCUUCGUCCCAUCAGUCCUUCCACCUUUUAAAAAGAGGAGACUCUCUCUCUCUCUCUGCUGCCCACCCAGAGAGAAACGCCAAGGCACCAGGAAAUCAUGUCACGUAAAAGAAAAGUGGACUCCGAGUGCAGAGUUUUCAACGAACAGUGGACAUACGACUACUUUUUCACCCAAUACAAAGAAAGAGGCGUUUGUCUUAUUUGCCACGACACGGUGUCUGUCUUCAAGCAAUUCAAUAUCCAACGACACUACAAUACUCACCACAAGGAUAAAUAUUCUUCUUUGACAGGACAAUUAAGAAAAGAUGAAAUAGCAAGACUGAAAACUGCCUUGACAGCUCAACAAAAUGUGUUUGUGAAGCGGAAGCAGGAGAACAUUUCGUCUUUGCGAGCAAGUUUUCAGAUUUCCAGGCUUAUAGCCCGCAAUGGAAAACCCUUUGUAGAGGGAGAAUUUGUUAAAGAAUGUAUUCUUACAGCCUCCAAAGAGAUGUGUCCGGAGAAGACUGAAUUGUUUUCCACAUUGAGUCUUUCUGGAAGCACAGUGACUCGUAGGAUUGAAGAAAUGGGGGGAAAUUUGCAUGAACUUUUGCAAAAUUCCUCAGAAAAGCUUCGUUACUUCUCGCUGGCACUGGACGAAAGCACAGAUAUCCGUGAUUCUGCGCAACUCCUAAUUUUCAUCCGUGGAACAAAUGAAAAGUUUGAAUUCACAGAAGAGCUUGCUGCACUGCAAAGCAUCAAGGGAACAACGACUGGAGAGGAUAUCUUUGCAAAAGUUCAGCAAACUAUCCAUGAUUUGAAGUUGGACUGGGCUAAACUUGCCAGUAUCACAACAGAUGGUGCUCCUAGCAUGGUGGGGCGUACAAGAGGAGUGGUUGCACGCAUCAACCAAGAGAUGGACAGACACAAUCAGCCACAUCCAAUAGCAAUACACUGCCUUAUCCACCAACAAGUGCUGUGUUGCAAAAGAUCGCUGAAGUUGGACGCAGUCAUGAAAACUGUGGUGUCCUGUGUGAACUUCAUUAGAGCUCAUGCACUUAACCACAGGCAGUUUCAAGAAUUUCUGUCAGAGUUAAAUGUUGAGCAUGAAGAUCUACCAUACCACACAGAGGUCCGUUGGCUGAGUCGAGGAAGAGUUUUAAAACGUUUCUACGAAUUACUUCCUCAAGUUUAUGAUUUUAUGCUGAUGAAAGACAGAGAAGUGCCAGAGCUCCAAGAUGACGAAUGGAAAUGGCUGCUUGCCUUUCUGACUGACAUAACCGAGCUACUGAACAGUUUCAAUAUUCAAUUGCAAGGAAAGGGGAAGCUCAUUGGUGAAAUGUUUGCACAUGUGAAAGCGUUCCAAGGAAAAUUAGACUUAAUUGUUAGACAUGUGAAGGAGAAAAACUUUUUUCAUCUCCCCACAACUCAAAACCGGUCAUUGGGAAAUCCAACAGUUCCAUUCCCAAAAGAAGCAUGUGUGGAUUUACUGGAGAGUCUGCAAAAGGAGUUCCAAACAAGAUUUAAGGAGCUUCACAUCCAUGAAAAGGACAUACAUCUUUUCCGAAACCCUUUUUGUGUGGACAUUGACACUGCAGAUCCCAUUCACCAAAUGGAAUUGAUUGAACUGCAAACUUGUGAUGCUUUGAAAGACGCAUUCAAGACAAGCAGCCUUGCAGAUUUCUACGCAUCUCUCCCCUCAGAGACAUAUCCAAACAUCAGAAACCAUGCACUCAGAUUUGCAACGGUCUUUGGCAGCACAUAUGUCUGCGAGCAAACUUUCUCUAGGAUGAAACAUCUGAAAUCUCCCACGAGAUCAAGACUGACAGAUGAACACUUACAUCACUUGCUAAGACUAGCAGUGACCAAUAUGGAACCAGAUAUAGACCAUCUCAUCAGCCAAAAGCAGGCCCAUUCUUCCCAUUCUUCCCAUUCUUCCCAUUGA